ACCAUGGCCAAAACCACCACCAUUUGCACACUCACAACCCUCCUCUUCCUCCUCCUUCUAUUCUCCUCCCACGCCACUGCCCGGCCGGGCCCCGCAUUUCACGACGUCACUCCCAUAGAGAAUCAUCACUCUGAUCAGGACGGGGAGAAGGAGGCGGAUCGAGAUAACUGCGUCGGAUUGAAAGAUGAUGAGUGCAUGAUGAAGAGAAUGGUUGAAGCUCAACUUGAUUACAUCUACAACCAAAACAAGAAGAAGCCGUGAUCCUUAUAUAUGCAAGUAUGCAACCAUUUUCAAUAAUUUAUGUUAUUGCUUCAGAGAUUAAUACAAUUUUGUUUUCAUAUGGAUGUAAUAA